AUGAUAUCGACAAAUUAUAUAGUUUUCGUCACCAUCGCCCUUAUGGUGAUCCUCACAGUACUACUGCCGAACUUUUCAUAUAGACUGAACAAAACCACAGAAUUACAAGAAAUCAAGAAAGUAUUGGAUGAAAUGGAGGGGCAGAUCGAACAAGCGGAAGCGGCGUGCUUCACAGCCGCUGAAGAACUGUGCAUACUUCAAUACACAAUGCGUGACGAGGAAACAAAUACAAUAUUUUUUCCACAACGAAAUCAGUCAUAUGAAAACGAGCUUACACGUAUUAAAGGUUAUUUAUUGUUCUGUUAUAAACUAUGUUAA